GUUCUACGGGGAAUCAUCCGAUUCGUACUACCGCGUGGAUCGGUGGCAGAAACUCCGAACUGCUGUCAGAAAGCUGGAGUUCUGGGAAAACUUCAGCUCCGAAUUGGCAGGAAGUGGGUUCUUUUCUAAAGUGUACAAGAUGUGCCCCGGGGCUGAAUGCUGAGCCUAUUGCUGUACACUCUGCUCACAUUGGCAAACAUCUGAGUCAUCACAGCAUCAAGUUCACCGAUUGCACUACAGUGGUGGGGCUCUUGACCAACAACAAUCAGACGACCUACAGAGAGGAGGUGGAGGAGCUUGACGCCUGGUGCCAGGCAAAUAACUUCCUCAUGCCAGCAAGACAAAGGAGAUGGUUAUCGACUUCAGGAGAACUCGCACCACUCACUUCUUGGCGGCACAACAGUGAAAACUGCAAGCAAUUUCAAACCCCUGAGAGUGCACAUCCCACACACAACCACUCAUGGUCCUGGAGCACAUCUAACACUGUUAAGAAAGCUCACCAAUACCUCUUUUUUUUUUCUUUCUCUCUCUCCGAGGAGAGCUAGACUUUGCACACGUCAUUCUACAGAUGCGCGAUAGGGAGCAUCCUGACAAGCUGCAUUGCUGAUUGCUACAGGAACUGCACUGCUGCAGUCCGGAAUCAUCCACAAUGGGUGGUCAAAGCCGACACCACCUUACCCACCAAGUGUAUGUAUACAGAAAAUUGCUGGGAAAGGACCAGCUAAAUCAUGACGGAUCCCAACCACCCUGCUCAUGGACUGUUUGUUCCACUCCCAUCAGGGAGACUAUGUAGCAUCCAUGCCAGGACCUCCAGGCUCAAAAAGAGUUACUUUCUCCAAGCAGCAAGUCUGAUCAACACCUCCACCCAUUAACUCCACCACUAUAUUAUUUCCUGUCAGUCUCAUUAUGUACGUUCUAGUGUCACUUUUUGGACAUUCAGGCAAUCUAUGUAUACAAACUAUUGUGUAUUUAUAUUUAUUGUUUUUAUUACUAUUGUACUUUUCAUCUUUUUGUUUUUAUUGUGCUGCGUUGGAUCUGAAGUAAUAAUUAUUUCAUUCUUCUUGAAUUGAAUUGACUAUUUCUUACAUCCUUCACAUACGUGAGGAGUAAAAAUCUUUGUCUCCGUCUAAAUGUGCAAUUUAUAGUAAUUUAUAAUAGUAUGUGCAACAGUACAAUUAAUAUAGCAUAGAAAUAGAAUUCUAUCAGUGUGAAUUAAUCAGUCUGAUGGCCUGGUGGAAGAAGCUGUCCUGGAGCCUGUUGGUCCUGGUUUUUUUGCUGUGGUACCAUUUCCCGGAUGGUAGCAGCUGGAACAGUUUCGGUAGGGGUGACUCGAGUCUCCAAUGAUCCUUUGGGCCCUUUUUACACACUUGUCUUUGUAAAUGUCCUGAAUAGUGGGAAGUUCACAUCUACAGAUGUGCUGGGCUGUCCGCACCACUCUCUGCAGAGUCCUACGAUUGAGGGAAGUACAGUUCCCAUAUCAGGCAGAGAUGCAGCCAGUCAGGAUGCUCUCAAUUGUGCCCCUAUACAAAGUCCUUAGGAUUUGGGGACUCAUGCUGAUCUAUUUCAACCCUCUGAGGUGAAAGAGGUGCUGUUGUGCUCUUUUCACCACACAACCGGUAUGUACAGACCAUGUGAGAUCCUCGGUGAUGUGUAUACUGAGGAACUUAAAGCUGUUCACCCUCUCAAUCCCAGAUCCAUUGAUUUUAAUAUGGGUUAGCCUGUCUCCAUUUCUCUUGUAGUCCAUAAUCAGCUCCUUUGUUUUUGUACUUGUGUAUAGGAAAACAAUCUUGGUUUUUGAACUCCAACCUUGCUCCAGGCUCUGCUGUUCAUCUUCCACAGCUCUUUGCCAUGUUCCUCUGAUGACGGGCCAAGUAGCUUAAUUCUGCUCCAAUGUUUUAUGGUCUUAAAAGAUUCAGGGGAACUUUCCAAGGCAUAUUUUACGAAACAACAGUUUUGUCAUAUUGCAUUAUUCACCAGCACUCCACUCAAUGGAAUAUGCUAAGGGUUUGCACUAUGAUCAAUUUUAAAUCUGAGUUUAGUGCUGCAUUUUGAUGGUGAGACAUUGUGAAAGGUUUUGAAAUCUAUUUCAUUAUGGUUAAUUUUCAGUAUGGUUUGCUGUGAUUUUUUUUAAAUCUUGUAUUUGACAUGGAGUGUUGUUUGUGAUGCAAAAAGUACUGUAUCAGGGUAUUCUAGGGGUGAGAAGGGUGUUCAUGUGAUGCCUUUUUGACUGUUUCUGUGUGCAUUGCGUUACCCAGUCAGUUGAAGAGAAUUGCAGGCAUGUUUCUGAUGCAUUGCUGAUUUCAAUUCGAGGUUCCCUUGGAGAUCAAUCCUGCUUGUCAAGUUGGAGUGGAACCCUUUUGAUGUUGAUUGUAUGCUGAGGGAUUCCAUGUGCCCAUGUAUUGCUCCUUAGGCUGCUCCUGUGAAUUCUGAAAUUCCAGGAAGCGAGUGUAGAGUUGCCAAUGCCAUUGUAACUAUAGUUCAAUUUUGUUUGAUUUGCCCUUUCUGAGAUCUGCCUUGCUUUUUCUGAUAAUUACCUUUGAUGUUUGUUGGGUACCAUAGCUUGCUUGGCAUGAGUGAAAAUGUAACACAGUCUUUGAGUGCUUCUUGGCUAUUUUCAAUCUAACCUCACUUGUCCUCUUAUCAGAUGUUUUUUCCCCCUCUUGUGCUGAUGUGAAUGGAGGGGUCAGGAUAAAUGCUUCUAACUGGGGAUUUACCUUGAACAGUUUGAUAUACAAGGCAACCCUGCCAGGAGUUUUCCUGUUUUUUGUUGUUUGUGGAUUUGUCAAUCUUUGCUGGUGUGUCUGUGUUAAUAGCUAGACCUUUAUGUACCUCACCAAUGUCUCGUACAACUUCAACAUAACAUCCAAACACCUGUUCUUAUUGCCCUGAUUUAUCAUGGCCAAUGUGCUGAAAGUUCUCUUUACUACCGUGUCUAUUAACCUGUGAUGCUACUUUCUUGAAUUAUGAACCAGUACUCCCUGGUCCCUUUGUUCUACCACACACCUCAGAGUCCUACCAUUCUGUUUUUUUAUUUAUUAAGAAAUAAAUUUCUGUGUUGCGUUGUGUCUGACAUAUUUUUGUUGUACAGUCAUAGAGCACUGCAAUACAGAAACAGUCCCUAAGGCCCAUCAUAUGAAUGUCGACCUGGUCUUCUACCUAUUCCCACGUACCCACACCUAGACCAUGUCUCUCCAAACUCUUCAUGUCCAUGUACCUAUGGAAGUGUUCAGGCUGGGCCUGAACACCUCCCUCUGCAACUGGCUCCUAGACUUCCUGACUGGGAGACCUCAGUCAGUCCAGAUCAGGAGCAGCAUCUCCAACACCACCACACUGAGCACAGGGGCCCCCCAGGGCUGUGUGCUCAGUCCACUGCUGUUCACUCUGCUGACCCACGGCUGUGCCGCAACACACAGCUCGAACCACACCAUCAAGUUCGCCGAUGACAUGACCAUGGUGGGUCUCAUCAGCAAGAAUGAUGAGUCAGUAUACAGAGAGGAGGUGCAGCGGCUAACGGACUGGUGCAGAGCCAACAACCUGUCUCUGAAUGUGAACAAAACAAAAGAGAUGGUUGUUGACUUCAGGAGGACACGGAGCAACCACUCUCCGCUGAACAUUGACGACGACUCUGUUGAGAUCGUUAGGAGUACCAAAUUUCUUGGUGUUCACUUGGCAGAGAAUCUCACCUGGUCCCUCAACACCAGCUCCAUAGCCAAGAAAGCCCAGCAGCGUCUCUACUUUCUGCGAAGGCUGAGAAAAGUCCAUCUUCCACCCCCCAUCCUCACCACAUUCUACAGAGGGUGUAUCGGGAGCAUCCUGAGCAGCUGCAUUACUGCCUGGUUUGGAAAUUGCACUGUCUCAGAUCGCAAGACCCUGGAGCAGAUAGUGAGGUCAGCUGAAGGGAUCAUUGGGGUCUCUCUUCCCGCCAUUACAGACAUUUACACCACACGCUGCAUCUGCAAAGCUAACAGCAUUGUGAAGGACCCCACGCCCCCCUCAUACAAACUCUUCUCCCUCCUGCCUUCUGGCGAAAGGUAUCGAAGCAUUCAGGCUCUCACAACUAGACUGCGUUACAGUUUCUUCCCCCAAGUCAUUAGACUCCUCAAUACCCAGAGUCGAGUCGAGUCUAGUGUAGUUUUUCUCGCUCUCACUCUCUCCUCCCCUCCCCCAUUUCUUUCUCAAUUCCUGCUUUACAUCACUUAUUAUUAUAUUGUAAUUUGUCCUUUAUUGUACCUAUUGUCUAUUUUAAUUUUCUACUGUUUUGUGCACUUUGUGUAGGCCUGUAGUCUAAUGUAGUUUUGUGUUGUUUCAUGUAGCACCAUGGUCCUGGAGCAUGGUUGUUUCAUUUUUACUGUGUACUGUACUAGCAAUUAUGGUUGAAAUGACAAUAAAAAGCGACUUGUCUUGACUUGAUCCAGAUUUCUCAUAAACGCUACAGAUGAACUCAUAGCUUCUGUGGGCAGAUCUUUCCUUGCCUAUGCUAAUAAAGUUUCCCCACUCAAAAUUCCUGUAAAUAUUUCACUGUUUAUUCUGAAUUUAUGACCUCUACUUCUAGUCUCAACCAAUCUGAGGGGAAGAGUCUUCAUGCACUCACACUAUUUAUACCAUAUAGGAGCAGAAUUAGGCCAUUUGGCCCAUCGAGAUUGCUCUGCCAUUUCAUCAUGGCUGAUCCAGUUUCCCCCUCUCCCCCAGGAUCCCUGCCUUCUCCCCGUAUCCCUUCAUGCCCUGACCAGUCAAGAAUCUAUCAACCUCUGCCUUGAACAUACAUAAAAACUUGGCCUCCAUAGCUGCCUGUGGCAAAGAAUUCCACAGAUUCACCACCCUCUGGCUAAAGAAAUUACUCCUCAUCUCUAUUCUAAAAGGAUGCCCCUCUAUCCUGAGGCUGUGUUCUCUGGUCUUACUCUUCCACCAUAGGAAACAUCUUUUCCACAUCUGCCCUAUCAAGGCCUUUCACAAUUCAAUAGGCUUCAAAGAGGUCACCCUUCAUUCUUCAGAAUUCUAGUGAAUACCAGGCCAUGACCCAUCAGACACUUUUCAUAUCACAAGCUGUUCAAUCCUGGAAUCAUUUUUGUGAACCUCCAUUGAACCCCCUCCAGUUUCAGCACAUCCUUUCCAAGAAAAAGGGCCCAAAGCUGUUCACAACACUCCAAGCGAGGCCUCACCAGUGCUUUAUAAAGUUUAAACAUAACAUCCUUGGGUUUACAUUUUACUCCUCUCAAAAUGAAUGCUAACGUUGAAUUGGCCUUCCUAGCCAUAUACUUAAUCUGCAAAUAAACUCUGAAGUCCCUUUGCACCUCAGUUGCUUUUUAUUUUCUCUCCAUUUAGAAGAUAGUCAACCUUUUCAUUUCUUCUACCAAAGUGUAUGACCAUGCACUUCUGGGCACUGUAUUCCAUCUGUCACUUCUCUGCCUAUUCUCCUAAUCUGUCUCAGUCCUUCUGUAGCCUCUCUACUUCCUCAAAACUACCUGCCUAUCUUCAUAUUGUCUGCAAAUUUUGCAACAAAGUCAUCAAUUCCAUCAUUCAAAUCCUUGACAUAUAACGUUUUUUUAAAAAAAAAGUCCCAAUGCCGACCCAUGUGGAAUACCAGUAGUCACCGACAGCUAGUCCUAAAAAACUUGCUUUAUUCCCAUUCUUUGCCUCUUGCCAAUCAGUCAUUGCUUUAUCCAUACUAUAAUAUUUCCUGUAAUACCAUGAGCUUGUAGCAGCCUCAUGUGCCACCUUGUCAAAGGCCUUCUGAAAAUCCAAAAGCACAACUUCAGCCAAUUCUCCUUUAUCUAUCCUGCUUGUUACUUCAAAGAAUUCCAACCAAUUUGUCAAGCAAGAUUUUCCCUUGAGGAAACCAUGCUGACUACAGCCUGUUUUAUCAUGUGCCUCCAAGUACCCUGAGACCUCAUCCUCAAUAAUCAACUCCAACAUCUUCCCAACCACUGAGGUCAGACGAACUGGACUGUAAUUUCAUUUCUUCUGCCUCUAUCCCUUCUUGAAGAGUGGAGUGGCAUUUGCAAUUUUCCAGUCUUCUGGAACCGUUCUAGAAUCUAGUGCUUCUUGAAAGAUUAUUAAUGCCUCCAUGAUCUCUUCAGCCACCUCUUUCAGAACCCUGGGAUGUACACCAUUUAUUCCAGGUGAUUUUAUCUACUUUCAGACCUUUUGGUUUCACAAGAACCUUCUCCCUAGUAAUGGUAACUUUGUGCCCCCUGACACCUGGAGCUUCCAGCAUACUCCUAGUGUCUUGCACAGUGAAGACUGAUGCAAAAUAUUUAUUCAGUUCAUCUGUUAUUUUCUUGUCCCCUAUUACCAUCUCUCCAGCAUCGUUUUCCAGUGGUCUGAUAUCCAUUCUUGCCUCUCUUUUAUACUUUUAUGUAUCUGAAGAAAUUUUUGGUAUCCUCUUUAAUAUUGGUUAGCUUACUUUCAUAUUCCUCCUUUGCCUUCUUAAUGACUUUCUUAGUUCCCUUCUGUUGGGUUUUUAAAAGUUUCCUAAUCCUCUAACUUCCCACUAAUCUUUGCUCUAUUAUAUGCCUUCUUUUUGGCUUUUAUGUUGGCUUUGACUUGUUAGCCAUGGUUGUGUCAUCUUUCCUUUUGAAUCGUUCUUCCUCUUUGGGAUGUACAUGUUCUAUGCCUUCUGAAUUCCAGCCAUGACUGCUCUGCUGUCAUCCCUGUCAAUGUCCUUUUCCAAUCAAUUCCGGCCAAACCAACUACUCUCUCAUGCCAUUGCAAUUCCCUUUUACUCCACUGUUAUACUGAUACAUCUGACUUUAGCUUCUCCUUCUCAAAAUUCAGGGUGAAUUUGAUUACCUUCCUCCUGAGGUUCUUUUACCUUAAGCUCUCUAAUCAAUUCUGGUUCAUUGCACAACACUCAGUCCGGAAUAGCUGAUCCCCUAGUCAGCUCAACCACGAGCUACUCUAAAAAGCCAUCUCAUAGGCACGCUAGAAAUUCCCCCUCUUGGAAUCCAGCACCAACCUGAUUUUCCCAAUCUGCCUGCAUAUUGAAAUCCCCCAUGACUAUUGUAGCAUUGCCCUUUUGGCUUGCAAUUUCUAUCUCCCAUUGUAAUUUGUAUACAACAUCCUUACCAAUGUUUGGGGGGGGUGGUCUGUAUACAACUCCUAUUGGGGUUUCUUUACUCUUGCAGUUCCUUAGCUCUUUAGCUCUAUCAACAAUGGUUCAACACCUUCUGACCCCAUGCCACCUCUUUCUAAUGAUUUGAUUUGAAUCUAACCCACGGAGAAAGGCUGCCCCUUCUGCCUUCCUGCCUGUCCUUUUGAUACAAUAUGUAUCCUUGAACAUCAAGCUCUUGUCUAUUAUCUUUCAGCCAUGAUGCCUACAACAUUAUACCUGCCAAUCUAUGAGUUCAUCUACCUCCAAUCUGCAACUGUGCUGCAAGUUCAUCUGCCUCAUAAUUUUGUAUACCUCUAUCAAGUCUUCCCUCCUCCUACGCUCCAGGGAACUAAGCCAUAGCCCAUUCAACUGUUCUCUGUAACUUGGGCUGUCAAGUCCUGGCAACAUCCCUGUAAAUUUUUUUUCCCUGCACCUUUUCAACCUUAUUGGGAUAUUUCCUGUAGUUAGAUGAUGAGAUCUGCACACAGUAUUAUAAAUUCAGCCUCACCAAUGUCUUCUAAAACUUCAGCAUAACAUCCCAACCUCUGUUCUCAUUAUCCAGUGUGCUAAAAACUCUCUUUGCAACUACUUCUACCUGUGAAGUCACUCUAAUGGAUUUGUAAAUCUGCUGCCAGGCUCCUGUGUUCUACCACACACCUCAGUCCUACCAUCUCCAAUGGGAUCCUACCACCAAUCACAUCUUUCCCUCCCCCACCCCCAACCCAACCUUCUGCUUUCCGCAGGCAUCGCUCCCUACGCAACUUCCUUAUCCAUUCGUCCUUCCCCAUUGAUCUCCCUCCUGGCACUUAGCCCUGCAAGUGGAACAAGUGCUACACCUGCCUCUACACCACCUCACUCACUACCAUUCAGGGCCCUAAACAGUCCUUCCAGGUGAGGUAUAUACUGCAUACGGUGCUCCCACUGUGCCUCCUGUAUAUUGGUGAGACCUGACCUGACUAUAUUGGUCUGCCAGAAAAAGUGGGAUCUCCCAGCAGCCAACCAUUUUAAUUCCACUUUCCAUUCCCAUUCUGAUAUGUCUAUCCAUGGCCCUCUCCGCCGUCGUGAUGAGGCCACACUUAGGUUGGAGGAACAACACCUUAUAUUCCAUCUGGGUAGCCUCCAACCUGAUGGCAUUAACAUCGAUUUCUUGAAUUUCCGGUAAUGCCUCACCCCCACACCCCACUUCACCAUUCCCCCUUCCCUUUUCCUUCUCUUACCUUUUUGCCUGCCCAUUACUUCCCUCUGGUGCUCCUCCCCCCUUUUUUUAUUUCUUUCAUGGCCUUCUGUCCUCUUCUAUCAGACUCCCCCUUCUCCAGUCCUAUAUCUCCUUAACCAAUCAACUUCCCGGCUAUUUACUUCAUCCCUCCCUCUUCAGGUUUCACCCAUCACCCUGUGUUUCUCUCUCCCCUCCCUCCCCAGCUGCGGCUCAGCUUUUUUUCCUCCAGUCAUGCUGAAAAGUUUUGGUCUAAAACGUUGACUGUGCUCUUUCCCUUAGAUGCUGCCUGGCCUGCUGAGUUUCUCCAGCAUGUUGUGUGUGUUGCUUGGAUUUCCAGCACCUGCAGAUUCUCACUUGUUUGUGUGCUAUCAUUCUGUUCUUUUCCUGUUGUCAGUAGGCCUGUACCUGAGCAUCAUUAUUUAUGUUUACCAGUUGCCACUGAUGAGCUGUGUUAUAGAUAGUUCCUUGUUCACCGUACACAGCAAUUUGUGUUGGAGUUAUCAGUGUUGCUUUCUCUAUUCUUACAGAAUGCUUAAUCUUCCUAUGUUCCUAUUGAGGCAUCUGAAACAAACACGGAAAAUACUGGAAAAUCUCGGUGUCAGGCAGCAUUUGUGGAAAGGAAAACAAAGUGAACAUAUCAAAUUGAUGAAGGUUUUUUUGUCUUUAACAGUGUUUAAUCAGUUACCCUUAAUGACAUCAGGUGUCCUAUGGGUCACUGCAUGGCUGUUGCUUUAGCUCUGACUGUUGUGAUGUUUUGACCUGAAUUAUUAAUUCAAUUUACCUUUGCAGAGGUGGUGCCUGACCUGACAAUUUCCUGUGUUUUUAUUCCAGAGUUCCUACAUUUGCAAUUUUUUAAAAGUUCUUUUUGCUCCUGCUGUUAAAAUCUGGAUUUUUUUUUUGUACAGGUACCAAAUAUUUUUCUCAGGGCUUAUCUGGCUUCUACAUCCCAGCAAAUUAUUAGUCUCUUCUACUUGGAGUCUAAACAGGACCCCUGUUCUGUUUUCAGAUUGUUGCCAGUUUGAUCUAUUAAGUGUUGAUCUCCUCGUCUGCAUUUCCCUUCAUUAAGGUAGAAGGGACUGAAGCCUGUAUUUUCUCAGCGGAACCAAGGCGUUCAAUGUUCAGAACAUUAGCAUGUUAAUACUUUAGCUUGUGGUGCUUGUUUGGUGGAUCCUUCCCAAUCUGGCUUGAGAUAGGGUGUCACAUUUGUUGGUGAGCAUUACCGUUUUCCAUUACUUGCCAUAUUGGCAGUCCAGUUCUUACCUCUACGGUUUGGAGAACACCCUAUCAUCUCUGAAUUUCCCUGUGAUAAAAUAAUGUUUUGCAGAUGACCAAGUGUUCCUACUACAGAGAGCAGCAAGCCUGUCUUCACUUCCACCCAUGUUCCCACCUUCCUGUCUUCCAAUUAUAGUGAAUGCUGGAUAAUUGGGGCACAUCUGGAUCAAGUACAUUUUUGCCCAAAUAAGCAG